AUGAAGCACAUCAACUUGUCCUUCUCGGCCUGCGGGUUCCUGGGCAUCUACCACUUGGGGGCCGCGUCCGCCCUGCGCAGACAUGGCCAGACGCUACUGAAGGACGUGAAGGCCUUUGCGGGUGCCUCGGCCGGCUCCCUGGUAGCCACGGUCCUGCUGACGGCGCCCCACAAGAUCGAGGAGUGUAAAGACUUCACCUACCGGUUCGCCCAAGAAAUCCGGGCACACACUUUUGGGGCGCUCACGCCCGGCUUCGACUUCAUGGGCCGCCUCAGGAGCGGGGUGCAGGCCAUCCUGCCCCCCGACGCCCACCAGCUGGCCCACCGGCGCCUCCACGUCUCCAUCACUAACAGCAGGACCCGGAGCAACUACCUGGUGUCCAGUUUCUCUUCCCGCGACGACCUCAUCAAGGUCCUGCUGGCCAGUAGCUUCGUGCCCGUCUACGCAGGGCUGAAGCCUGUGGAGUACAAAGGCCAGACUUGGGUGGACGGCGGCCUCACCGACAGCCUCCCCGUCCUGCCCGUGGGGCGCACGGUCACCGUGUCCCCCUUCUGUGGCCGCCCCGACAUCUCGCCGCAGGACGCAGGGCGGCCCGGCCGCUACAUCAGUGUCUCCAACCAGGACUUGGCGCUCUCCAUGGCCAACCUGCUGAGAUUCAACCAAGCCCUGUUCCCGCCGAGCCAGGCGGCCAUGCGAGCUCUGCACCAGCGUGGGUUCGAGGACACCGUCCGCUUCCUGCAGCGCGAAAACUGGUUUGAAUGAGGGGGGGGGGGGCAGUAAAGCCCCUUCUUGAGCGAAUGUCUC